AUGGAAAAGGUCAUUUACUUAUACACUGGAGCUCAAUCACACAUUGAUCGCCGCCGUCAAGUCGUACUCAAAGCCGGGCGCAAGGCAGCCGAAUCCAAGGCAGACCAAAGACCUAGUCGACUACGGAAGAAUUCCCGAAGACGUCCCCGAAGACUUAGUCCACUGCAUAAGCCAGAUGAGCAGGAAGAUGGCGAUCAAAAUGAAGAACGAGGUGCCGAUCAAGAUGAGGACCAGGACAUCGAGCAAGAUGAGGAGGAGGGUGGUGACCAAGAUGAGGAACAAGGUGCCGAGCAAGAUGAGGACCAGGACAUCGAGCAAGAUGAGGACCAGGACAUCGAGCAAGAUAAGGAGGAGGGUGGUGACCAAGAUGAGGAACAAGGUGCCGAUCAAGAUGAGGACCAGGACAUCGAGUAA